AUGAUGGUCUUCAUUUUCCUUGCUAUGGUGUUAUGCUUGGAAAAUGAAUCCACUUCCCAAACCACUGAUUGCACAUAUUUAAGACAGCAAUGCCUAAGUGAUAUAAAUGGAUGUAAAUAUGCAUGGAGAAAAAUGGAAGAUUCAUGCAAUGUUUCAGGUAACCCUUGCAAGAUGAAGGAUUCAUCAAACUGUAACUUGAAUAUCCAGUCCUUGGUGGAAAACAAUUUCCAGUUUGAAGAUUGUGUCUGCACUGAUAACCUCUAUUGUACUGUUAACAAACUGCUUGGGAAAAAAUGCAUCAAUGAAUCAGAUAACAUGAAAGAGGAUAAUCAGUCCAAGUGGAAUCUGACCACUCUUCCCUAUCAUGGAAUCAAAGGGAUCCAGUCCUGUUUGGAAGUGGCAGAGGCGUGUGUAGGGGAUGUGGUCUGUAAUGCACAGUUGGCCCCUUACCUUAAAGCUUGCUCAGCAAAUGGAAAUCUGUGUGAUGUGAAACACUGCCAAGCAGCCAUACGGUUCUUCUAUCAAAAUAUGCCUUUUAACAUUGCCCAGAUGUUGGCUUUCUGUGACUGUGCUCAAUCUGAUAUACCUUGUCAGCAGUCCAAAGAAGCUCUUCACAGCAAGCCAUGUGCAGUGAACAUAGUUCCACCCCCUACUUGCCUCAAUGUAAUUCGCAGCUGCCGAAAUGAUGAAUUAUGCAGGAGGCGUUAUAGAACAUUUCAGUGGAAAUGCUGGCAGCACGUGACUAGAAAGUGCCAUGAAGAUGAACUCUGCAUCAGUACCUUAAGCAAGCAGGACCUCAGUUGCUCAGAGAGUGAUGACUGCAAAGCAGCUUAUAUUGGUACCUUGGGGACAAUCCUUCAAGCGCAGUGCACCUGCAGGACUAUCACACAAAGUGAAGAAUCUGUAUGCAAGAUUUUCCAACAUAUGCUUCAUAGAAGAUCAUGUUUCAAUUAUCCAACUCUGUCUAAUGUCAAAGGCAUUGCAUUGCGUAAAAGAAAACAUGCAAAGGAAAUAACUCUAAGUGGAUUUCAUUCCCCUUUCAAUGGAGAAGUAAUCUAUGCUGUCAUGUGCAUGACAGUCACCUGUGGAAUCCUUCUCCUGGUUAUGCUCAAGCUGAGAACUUCCAGAAUAUCAAGUCAAACAAGAGAUCAUUCACCAGUCCAAAUACUAGAGGACUUAUGA